CGGGGGCGGGGAGGUGACGCGCGCGGGGACCUCGCCGCCUCAGCCCACGUGUCCGCGAGAUUUAAAAGUUGGCAGAGCGCGGGUGGGUCAGUCUGGCGGCCGAACCUGGCGAACAGCGCGCCAGGGACGCAGAGGCUUAGCCAGAGCAUCGCUUGGAGCGCGGGCUGGUGCAGUGCAGGGUCCCGGGAUGCUGCGAGCCGCGAGCCGCCGCCCCGGGCCGCCCCCCGGUCAGGUGGCCGCUGCGUCCCCUCUCCUGCUGCUACUACUGCUGUCUUGUUGCGCGGACACCUGCGGAGGUGCUCCAAUAUUGCCUCAAGGAUUACAGCUGGAACAAGGAUUACAGUUGUGGAAUGAGAUAGAUGAUGCUUGUUUGUCUUUCCUGUCCAUGGAUCCUCUGCCUCAGGCAUCCAGUGCAUUGGAGGAGCUUUGCUUCAUAAUUAUGGGGACUCUACAAAAGCCCCAGGAAACAGAUGAAAAAGAUAAUACCAAAAGGUUCUUAUUUCAUUAUUCGAAGACACAAAAGUUGGGCAAUUCAAAUGCUGUGUCAUCUGUCCUGCAUCCGCUGCUGCAGCUCGUUCCACAACUGCAUGAGAAAAGAAUGAAGAGGUUCAAAGGGGAUGAAGAAUUCCAAGGUCCUAUUACAGGCCAAAGUAGAGGAUUCUUUUUAUUCAGGCCACGCAAUGGAAGAAGGUCAGAAGGUUACAUUUAAAAUGAGUCCCUGAAUUUCACUUCUUGUCAACCCACGUGAAGAACAUGAGAAAGAAGGAGCAGAAGAGAACAAAAAGUAUCUUCUUUAAAAAAUGAAUUGCCUUGAUGAGAUGCGGACUUGAGACAGAGAAUGUUGCCAGAGCUGCUCCAGGUCUUUGCUCAAAACCUGCCAACCCCCACUUUUAGCAAGAGUUAACAUAAAUCUUUAAAGGGUCCAGAAAUAAAAAAGGAAGCUACAAACAAACAAAAACCAGAUGGAACCAGCUAGGACCAAGAUGGUGACAGAUCUGACCUCCAACAGACCCUGAAUCUCAUUAUAUGCUGAUUUUACUACAUUAGCAUAUUAAAUGACAUGCCUACUGGUGGCCAAGACUGGAUAUUAAGGACCAAAAAAGGAUAAAAAGGGGUGGCACUCCAUUCCCUUGGAAAAAACUCUGCCUCUUCCCCAGUAGACUAAUGCAUAUGCCUCCCCAUCAUUAACCUCACUCCUCCUCCCUUUGUCUUUACUCUUUAAAAUUAAAGCCCUCUGGACACGUGGGCAAGAAGUGGAUCUGUGAACUUAGUUCCUGCUUCUCCAUUCUUUGGCCACUGAAUAAAGCUUGUGCUGUGUUGAUCUCA